CAAAAGAAUUUCUGUUCAUUCAUGGAUCGGAAUAUUUACCGGACGCGAAAUCUGAAUUAAAAAAAAGAUUGCUUUCGUUAACUUUGCUUGCUUACGAAAGCAAAACGACAUAAUUAAUUGUGUCAUUAAAAUUGGGAUAAGUCGGUUGGGUUUUUAAAACUAACUCAUGAAAUAUGUACGCCCCCAUCCUAGGGGUACAGAAAUGUAAAAUGAAAAACAGUAAUUGCGUCGUUUAAAUUCGGACAUGUUGUUUUUAUAUUUCAAACUAAGUCACGAAAUAUUGAUGACCCCCGUGCUAGGAAAUAUAUAGACGAAGAGAGGCGAUCAUUUCGCGAGUGAUGUAUUUUUUUAUUAAAUUAAUCAUUGGAAAUCAUGGAAAUACAUUAUCUUGUAAUAAUCUUCGUAUUUUCUGUCGCCUGUGACGUCACUUAUCCGCAGAUCUUUCAUGAGAUCGACUUCUUUCCGAGUGGCAAUCUUUUCUACACAUUGAACACUAACCAGAUGUUGCAAUGCGCGCGGCUGUGCCAGAAUCACGUUGAAUGUAUCUCGUUUAGAUUUGUUACUGGAACGUGUAACCUAUAUAAUCAACUCUUUAGGACAUCGAACGCCAAUAACAUCCAGCGCAUACAUGGCCAAUGUUAUACAAAGACUGUAUUAAAUGUGACCAGGGACGUAAUGUGUGCCCAGUCCUUCCAAGAGAUCGGCUCUUGCACGAGUGGUACCCCUCUCCUUACAGUGUCCAAUGACCGGAAGUUGAAAUGCGCAUGGCGCUGCCAAAAUAAUGCUGACUGUCUCUCGUUUAGAAUUGUUAAUGGGGCUUGUCACCUCUUGAGUGACCUCUCCAUUACAUCAAAUGACGUUCUUGACGUGCAUGAAAAAUGCUAUGCUAAAACAGAAAUUAUCUUGUGCGAAGGAAAAAUGGUUACCUUAACUUGCUCUGUCGCAAAGAAAAUUCAGAUUAACUGGGCCAUGUACGGCGAGGAUCAAGGUGCACGGCAUUGCUCGAAAACCAACACCAUAACAGUGAGGUGUCUCGCAGAAAAUGCCAUGGAGACCGUGCAAAACUUGUGUGAGAACAGGUCCUCGUGCGAAAUAGAAGCCAGUAACGCGGUGUUUGGAGACCCAUGCCAAGGAGUUUAUAAAUACCUGCAUGUGAAGUACACGUGUUUAUGAACUUGUAGUUAUCUUGUUAAGACCUAUACUUUACAAAAGAUCUUUGCUUGUGCUUCAGUAUGACGUGUCAUUCAAAAUAUGAAAUUCAAAAAUUAUUUCGUAGUAUUUGCACAAAAUGUAUAUGGCUUUUUCCGUACUUAUAUUUCGUCUGAUAUUGUAUAAAUGCCCAAGCAGUGAGUUUCCUUGAAGAGAAUGCUGGGGAGAGCGUACAAAACAAUUGUAAGAACAGGCCAACGUGCGCGAAUAAGAAGGAUUGGAUGUUUGCAGAUCUGUGCCUAGGACUUUAUAAAUACCUUCAUGUUUAGAAAAAAGAAGCUUUAUAAAUUUUGUGUGACCAAUUGUUAUCAAAGUACUAGAAUAUUGGACUUAAGAAUUACUCUUUUUUAAUGAUUUUUUUACGUUGUUUGUUGGUUGCCUUAAAAACAAUCAAUUAUAACGGAAUAACAAAUGUUAGCAGCAUUUGUUUUUGAAUUGUAUGCAUUAUUUAACAUAUACACAUAUUAAGUUUAUAUACCCACGGUAGAAAGUAAUAACGACAUAUGUGGAUAACCGGUCGAUCAAUUAUUGUAAAGCGAUUGUAAGUUGCUGAUUGACUGUGAUUACAGUAAAAACUAGUAUUUAGUUAACAAUUAGUUAUGUUUAUCAUUUGGAAAAGACCAUAACAAUAAACGACCACUCUUUGUUAAAAACAACAUAUUUCCAUUAGCGAUAAUUGAUCAUUAUCAUCAAAUACAUCUGCCUGAGGAUUAAAUUGAUGUUUAAAUAUAUUGAUUGUUUUGGGUCAUUUUCCGGUAAAAAAACAUGUUUGUAGAAGAGUCUCUCACUAACGAAUCAUUCAGUUCAUUGCUAAUUGAAUACAAGAGUCUCUCACUAACGAAUCAUUCAGUUCAUUGCUCAUUGAAUUGUCCAAUAAAAACAACAUCUCUCAUACAUUGAUUUUGAGUCGAAAGCUGUCACAGAGAGAGUUUUUAAAGACAAAAUAAGUUAUGAAUUGCGUGUUUGUAGUAAAUAUUCUCCUACUUGCAUCGCGUUUAUUUUUAUCACGACCAUUUAUUAACAAUUUUUAAGUAGUGUCAAACUAACCAUUGAAAUAGAUGUCGGACGCAGCACUAACUUUUACUCUUAUCACUUGUUUUAAAUGUAUGAUUGCAUUGUAUUCGAUGCAGAUUCUAUAAUUUACAUAGAAUGAGAAUCAUAAAAUAUUGAAUAAUAGAGAUGUCAUUGUAACUUACCAAUCGGUAUGUUAUAGUUGGGAAUAAGAGGUUAUCUGUAUGAGUGAAUGAGUGAAUGUCCGUGAAUUUUAAGGUUGUAUUGUCAUAUGCUUUGAUUUUGCAUUUCGGUUUGUAUUGUAUUUAUUCAUAUUUUCAA